AUGAAUCCCACCUCCGAUUCCGUUCCGCCUGCAUCGAACAGCAACGUUGCCAUUGGCAAACGUAAAGCAUUGCACGAAACCCAAGACGGGGCCAAUGACACAGACAAAUCAUCCAAACGUGUUGCUAAAGGAAGCAAGGCUUCGAGUCGGGGCUUAAAGUACAACCUCGAAGCUGCGCUUAACAAGUUCUUCGGCGGUCCACCCUUUUGCUUGAUGAUUCCCGAUUCCAUUGAAGAUCAUUCAGGGCCUAUGACUAGAAAGAAAUCCAAGGGUCGUCUUCAGCCGUCGACACGCGGCAUUGUCACUUGGAUGGAUGUACUCUCAGAAGAAACAACUCAAUUCCACCUCCAGGACAACGGCAUGUACCAUUGCUGCAUUAAGGGAAGGUUGAUUGAGCUGUCUGAAGAUAACUACCGUUUCAUCCAAUCGGGUUACCCACAAAAAAUGAUGCAAUGA